AUGUCACAGGUAAUAGAACCACAAUUAGAUAGAACAACCUAUUAUUCCAUAUUAGGCUUGACAUCAAAUGCGACUUCCUCCGAAGUACAUAAAUCAUAUCUAAAACUGGCCAGAUUACUUCACCCAGAUAAAACAAAAUCUGAUAAGUCUGAGGAAUUAUUCAAAGCUGUGGUGCAUGCACAUUCAAUUUUAACUGAUGAAGAUCAAAAACUUCGAUAUGAUCGAGAUUUGAAAAUCAAAGGUUUACACACUUACCAGCCGAAGAAAAACUGUCAUAUUUUCAAGACCAAGGCAAAGGAAUCACAAGGGGCUAGUCCCACACUUGGUCAAUCAGAAGCUUAUCAUAGGCAAAAUAAACCUUAUGAGCAACAGCCCUACGGUUUCGGUGUAGGCAAAAAAAUGACCUCAAGCUCUAAGAGUAAGGUUCCGAUAUUCAAGUCCUUCAAUUUAAAAAGCUACCAACGAAACCACUAUUAUUCAUCCAAAAAGGAAAGGAAACAUGGAAGUCCUGAUAUUGAUUCUUUGUUCCAUGAAACCAAUGGAGCCUCAAAAGUAAGAAUGACUGAUGCCGGUAAAAUGGAUACGAACUCUCAGUUCCAAGAAAUAUGGGAAAUAUUGGGUAAAAAUGCGUACACACAUAAAUCUUACUCUGAAGAUCCAAAUUCAUGUUUGGGAUCAGCACUAAGCGAUCAUGAAGAAGAAGAAGAAGCAGGAAAACAACAACAGCAACAGCAGCAACAACAGCAACAGCAGCAACAUUAUGGAAUGACGUCGAAGUCUAGCAGUCCUGAUGAAGAAAAAAAAAAUAAUAAAGAACCGAAAAGGGAAAGCAGAGUCUCUCCAGAGGAAAAUGGCGAAGAAGAAACGGGACACAAACAAUUUAAAUUGCCCAAGACCAGUACUUUUUCUAGUGGAUCCCAUGAUUCAAAUUUGCAAUCUCCUUUUUACAAUCAUGAGUAUCGACAUUACGCAAGAAGUAAAUUCGAAUGCAAGAAUCAGUUUAGAAAGUCAGUUUCUCCCAUUAAAGAGAUACCUGCAACAACUAGUGCCAAUGAAGGAUGGAACAUUUUGAGAGACAUUAUUGAAAAACUCAAUAUAAGCAAUGUAGACGAUCGAAAUAAAGACUUGCUGUUUCGUCGGGAUGAAAUAGGUGAUAAAAAUCACAGCGACUCAAUCGACAUAGAAAAUUUAUCUAUCAAAGAACCUAAAGGGAUGAAAAGGAGAAAGAAAGAUGAUAUAUCUUUAGAAGAAUUGUUCCAAUCUUUACCAAGAGAAAAAGAUUAUUUUAUGAUGGAUGCAAUUAAUGACUCGUUAGAAUCAAUCAAUCUUUUUAAAAAGCCGAAGACCACUCAGAGUCACGAACAAGGUGGAACUUUUGCCCAAGCAGAAAGUAAUCGUGCAAAAUUCAAACCGUUACUAGAACAGUGUGGAAUUACACCCGAGAUCUUAGAUUUGGAAAUACCAGAGAUUCCGGAAUUUGAUGCAGUGGCUGACCUUGAAACAUUGAAGCUUAACGUGCAGCUGUUUAAUAACCAAUGUAACAAACUUAAAGAAACAAUACAUCAAGUAUCAUUACAGCGCCUGAGAGCAGAUACGCAGUUCAGUGAUAUGUUAACCCAAAAGCAAAGUAUUAUGGUUUGGAAAACAUACCUAGAAUUUGAUAAAAGUUUAAUGGACAAAUUGAACAUCUUACAAGAAAGACAGAUGCAGGUCAUUAAAAUUUUUUCCGAAAGAUGUGACGGUAAAGUAUAA